AAAGCUAAAUGUGGGAGUAUUUUUUAUUUUUUUUGUUCCAUGUACGAGAUAGAGGUCGUUAUUAUGGCCUGCCCUCGUCUACCCCAACCGCGGAAGUGAAAAUGACUCAUGUCUCCACGUACUUCUCACUUCUCAGCACGUCUGGGGAGGGUCGGAGACUGAUGAAGGGAGUAUAAUUUCUUUUUUGUCCCUCCGGAAAAAGCGUUACCCGAUCAUCAUUGCCCAAAAAAAAAAAAAGCAAAGAAACAAAACUACAGCAGCUUUAACAAAAUCAAAUUUCGUUUCAUUCAAAACUCCGUUAGCCGGUAGUUUUGUCGCCCGCUAUUAUCUCAUCUCCCUCUCCACCUCUCUGUCUCGGCCCCCCCUCUGUUUAGCUCUCCCUUAUGUUUCAGCCAAUCAGGAUUUAUUUAUUUUGUUUGAUUUCGAGCGAACAGAGAGGAGACGGGGAACCUGCUGCUGUCCGAAAAUAAAAGGGGCACGAGUUGAUGCAAUAUUUAUUGAAUUCUUCAUUUUUAUUAUAUUCGUUAUAAAUUCCAUCUUUCGAUUGUAUGGUUUUCGGCCUAUCAUUGAAUCAUUUUUGGGUAAUAUUAUUGUUUAGGAGAAUUUUUUAACAUAUGAGAUGAAAAGAAGGAAAUGGGAGUGGAAUCGUAAUAAUCCGGUGAUUCAUCGAAAUGAGAAUAAGAAUAAAUUGCGUUAUCUUUUUGGGGGCAAUUUUGCUUUUCGCGUGUAGUUUCUUGGAAGGCAAACGCUCUACCAGAAUAUUUGUUGAUCAUGGAGCUAAAUCUCCAUCAUUGGAGGUCAAAAAACAAUGGGCAGAAUUCACGCAGAAAAGUUGCUCCAAAGAAUUGGCUGUAAUCAUAAAAGAGCUUGGGGACUGUGACUUCUAUUUGUCACUGAAGACUGAUAAAAUUGAAAUUGGAUCAGGUGCAGUUUGGUUCAAACAAAGAGAACCUGAUAAAAUUUUGACUACCUUGCGAUCCAAUCUCCAAGAACUUGUUUCGGGUUGCUUAAGGAAGAACUACCAUCGUUUCCCUAAUUUUAGCGAACAAGAUGGCCGAACUAGUCGUGCUAAAUUGGCUUUCGAUCAGUCUAGUACUCCUAGACGAUACUUGGCUGAAAAGCCUCCCAAAGCUUCAAGUACCGCUGCUAGUCCAAUAAACGAUAUUUUUGACGACCCAAUUAUCAUACCACCUGAUUUGCUUUUUCCCCCUCCGCCUGUGACCACUGAAGAUUCAGCAAACACUUCAGGAAUGGAAGAACAUAACAAAGACAUGAACAAAAUUAUAACUGUUGCUGCAUCAAUAGCAGGAGCAGUUGUCAUUUUUGCCCUGGUGUUAUUUUGUUGUCUGAUGAGAGGCCACAGUGGAUUUACGGAUAUGCAGAGAGAUGACAAACCUCUUCUGACAAUGAGUGGAAGUGGCUUUUCUGCUGGUUCUUCAAGUAGUGCUGAUAUUAGGGAUGUUAGAAGAAAUACAGCUUCCAACAACUCAGCUCAAGAUCAUGAGGGACACGGCAGUUCUUUGGCUUUAAUUUCAGAACAUGGUCCUGAUGCUGGAAAUGCUCAAGGACUGCAUGCUGAGAAACUUACUGCUGGAAAGUCAAGUCCUCCUCCUCCCGCACCAGCUGCACCACCACCUCCACCACCAAAGCCUAAACCUAAGCCUCCACCACCACCAAAAGGUGUUCGACCUCCACCUGCACCUCCAAAAGCAGGUGCUAGAGGCCGGUCAGCUUCUAGUGAUGCUAACGAUCCUACAGGUGAUCCUGAUGCCCCAAGAACAAAGCUAAAGCCAUUCUUCUGGGAUAAAGUGGUAGGCAAUGCUGAACAGUCAAUGGUGUGGGAUGAAAUUCGAGCGGGAUCAUUCCAGUUCAAUGAAGAGAUGAUAGAAUCUCUGUUUGGAUAUAAUCCUGAUGACAAAAGGAACGUUGAUCGUAGGAACCGAGCAAAUGAUACUACUCAACCACAGCAUAUACAGAUAAUUGAUCCAAAGAAGUCUCAGAACUUGUCCAUUCUUCUCAAAGCACUUAAUGUGUCAACAGAAGAAGUUCGUGAUGCCCUUCUCGAAGGUAAUGAACUUCCGGCAGAGCUAUUGCAAACAUUGCUGAGAAUGGCACCAACACAAGAAGAAGAACUAAAGCUUCGAUUAUUCAAUGGUGAUGUUUCUCAACUUGGACCUGCACAAAGAUUCCUGAAAGUAUUGGUUGAUAUCCCGUUUGCUUUUAGAAGAAUGGAAUCACUGAUGUUCAUGAUGACAUUCAAGGAAGAAGUCUCCAGUAUCAAAGAGUCCUUUGUUACUUUGGAGGUGGCUUGUGAUGAACUCAAAAAGAGUAGACUAUUCCUUAAACUCUUGGAAGCCGUUCUGAAAACUGGCAACCGUAUGAAUGAUGGCACCUACCGUGGAGGGGCUCAGGCCUUCAAACUUGAUACCCUCUUAAAACUUGCUGAUGUGAAAGGAACGGAUGGUAAGACAACACUUCUACAUUUUGUUGCUCAGGAGAUAAUUCGCUCAGAAGGUUUGAAAGCUCUGCGUGCUGCAAAAGAUAACCGAAGCAUAUCCAGCAUGAAGACUGAGGAUUUUGUUGAGGAUGCCACCUAUGAUCCCACAGAACAUUACCGCACUCUUGGCCUCCAAGUCGUGUCAGGUAUAAGCAGUGAACUGGAAAAUGUAAAAAAAGCAGCAGUUAUUGACGGUGAUGUACUUACAUCAACAGUAUCCAAGCUUGGCCAGUCCAUAAUGAAAAUAAAGAAUUUCUUAGAAAAUGAAAUGAGUAGUCCUGAGGAAGAGACAGGGUUCCAUCAGGCUCUUGUAAGUUUUGUAGAGCAUUCAGAAGGUGAGGUAACAUGGCUAUUAGAAGAAGAACAAAGGAUAUCAGGUUUGGUGCGAAAGACAGCUGACUAUUUCCAUGGAAAUGCCGGGCGGGAAGAAGGCCUGCGUUUGUUUAGUAUUGUGCGCGACUUUCUCUUACUGUUGGAUAGAAUUUGUGCAGAUCUAAAACAAUCUUUUGCAAAAGAAGCAAAAAAUACAGGCAAGGAAUCAUCAGUUAAAAAGCCUUCUCAAGAUCCAAAUCAAUCAAUACAGGACAUGAGGCAAAAAUUAUUUCCUGCCAUUGCAGAUAGACGUGUGGAUGAGUCCAGUUCAGAUUCAGACAAUGACUGAUUAGAAUUACACCAGUAGGUUAAUUUCGGGGGGAGAUCCGUAUAACUUAUUCCACUUCGCUAGGGAAGACGAUGAGAUUCAUUAUCACACUCCCUUACUGAAAGUUUUUCAAAAGGAAUCUAUCUUUGCUCCUCCAAAUUCUUGUUUCUAAAAAUAAAUGAGAUCCAUCCAAUACUAGAACAUAAAACACAAUACCUUAACAGCUGGAAUAGAUGAAAAAUCGUCCUUCCUAGUUCCUAGCUUUCUUCAAUGGAUUUUCAAAUGACGGAUGGAAUAAUCUUCAACAAAUCUUCACACUUUUCCUCUUUUCUAGUACAGUUUAAUUGUAAGUGUAACUUGAAAACCGUUUCUUGAUGUCAGGACUCAGGAGGCUUUAAUAUCAACAAAUUUUAGGCAAACCAAAGGAAAACAAUUGGAUCCAUGUUUUUAGUAAUUAGUAUUUAGUAGUAUAAUAUUCUCAAACAUAGAAAAGAACCCACAAAUCAAAACACGCAGCUUGUUUUUUCUUCAUUUUAUCAUCAAAGGAAUUUGGCUGAAAACUAAUUCAGGUCGAUUUUACCCACGUGAUAAUUAAGUUAACUAAACAGAAUUUGGGAGGAUUUUUUGUAUCUAACCAGAAGCUGGUAAAUUUGAGGACCAUCGGGAGCCUGGAACAAAGAUGCAAACUUUCAUAUUUUUCUGAAGAAAGGUUUUCCAUGGUACGGUACCUGAGAUAUGAGAUUGUUCAUAAGAUUUAAAGGUUGCGAUUGCAAAUUUUCUAUUUUUGCAGCUUCAUUUCCAGGAGUUUGUCCUCAAAUAAUAAGCUGAAUGGAGCGUAUCUUAAGGGAAUUACUAUGUGGGAAGAAGGAUAUUUUUGGUACUAACUCUUUUUUUUCUCAAAAAUUACAAAUUUAUCAUUAUGAUACUUCACUAGCUGUCAAUUCGCGCUAGAUCGGUUCAACACUUUAGUUUUGGUUUUACCCAAACGAUUCAAUUUGUAUGAAUUCAGUUGAAAACAGUUAAAAAUAUCAACUUUUCGAUUCGAUUGA